AUGGAAUCAAAAAGUAGCAGUAAUUUUAGCAUAAAUAACAGAUCGAGGUAUAUAGGAUCGUCGAAUAUACAGUUAAGGUACCUAUACCAGUAAAUAAAAUAUGUAAUAAUAGAUUUUAAGCAAAUUAAAUAUGUUAUUUUAUUCGUAUAGUGUUAACGAGUUGCACGGUCAUGAACCUUCGAAUUCUGAACAGACGAAUUCCGAAGAUUCUCGCAACUUGCGGUAAGUGAAAAACUACUUUGAAAAAUUAAAUACAUCUAUAAACUAUAUACUCAUCGUGUAACCUUUUGAUUUGAAUAGUGGUGAUGGAAGUGGAACGAAAAGAUCUACGUCUUCUAUUCAGCCAACAGCGAGAAAAGUGUAUAUACAAACACUUUAUUCACAGAGGUAAAAAAUAAAUAUAUUACUAUACAUACAAUUAAAUGGAAAUUUGAAUAAAGGUUCUCAUUUCAAUUUCAAAAGUUGAUUCAUAGUGUCCCUCGAGCCAUCCCCUCGGAAAACAGUAACCUUCGGAACAUUUUAACGUCCUAGUGUUUUGGUCUAGUGGUCAAUACUUCGAUUAUAAUUUAAUAUGUAGCAGGUUCGAACCCAAUAUAAGUUAUUAAAAUUUGCAAAAAAAAAUUCAGCUAUUGGCGUGAUGUAAUAUUCGUAAAUUGAAAACGUUGUAUAAUAUCAUAUCUGUAAUAAGAUUUUGACGCUUGUACAUGUUGAUUGUUGGACGAUUUGAUAAGUUAGUAAAUAAUCCGUGGUAAUAAACUCAUGCGAAGUCGAAAUUAAAAAUUAGUGCGAUCAUAUGAUUGAUACAUAGAUCAGAACAUUAGGACAAUAUUAACCCAAUCCAAUCGUGUAUAAAACGUAAUAUAUGAAAAAAGUGUGAGAAAAAACAAAAAAAAUUGGUGGUAACUGUGUAUGUGAUUGGAUUUAGAAAACUAUUGCAAAUUUUUUCUAUAUUUUUAAUUCGAAUUUUUUUAUUUUCCAUUUUUCGUUUUAAAAAUUUUUAUUGAAACUUAGUUUAAAAAAAAUAUUUUCUAUAAUAAAUGGAAAAAUUUAAAAUUAAAUUAAAUAGCGUCACCCUUAAUAAAUUCAUCAAAUUAAGUGAUUUAGAAACUGAUCAGAUAUAUUUAUGUAAAUAUUUUAGUAUUGAUAAAACAAGAUAUGGUGACAAAUUAAGUGUUAUUUUAGAUGAUAAAUUUAAAUUAUUUUUACCUGAUAGAUUUUUAAAUAAUUUUUCUCAUAAAGAAAUUGAAACAAUCAAUAAAAUUACACAAAAGCAAAUAUUUUUGGUUUGUAAAGGUGUAAAACAACUUAAUAACAAUAAAAUAUUUUAUUUGAUUGAAUUUGAAUAUUAUUAUAAUACAUAAUAUAUUAUUAUUAUAAUAUCUUUACAGUUAAACUAAAUUUUAUCUGUGUUCUAUAAUUUUUAUAUAUUCUUUCUAGUACGCAUUUUUAAAUUUAUUUUAAAUUAAAAAAUAUUAUUUAUAAUAAAUGAGAUUUACAAAGUUAAAAAAUUCUAUAUUUGGAGAUAAUUUAUUUGUUGGUGUUUUAGGUUUAAGUAUUACUUCAAAUUUAAUAAAUAUUAAAAUAGAUUGUUUAUUAAAAGGUGAAGGUAAUAUAAUUGAAUUAAAAUCUGAAAAAUAUACUAUAGAUGAAUUAAAUAAAAUUGUUGAUAUUAAUAAUAAUUAAUAAUUUUUAUUGAAAGAGAUAAAAUUAAUAUCGAAUCUAAUAUUUUUUUUAAAUUAGACGAAAAGUUAAAUAAAUAUUUAGGUUUUGAUCUUAAAAAAGAUAAGUAUUUUAACACAAUGAAAAAUACUAUAGUUGGAUAUAUUCCAUUGAAAUGUAUAUUAUCUAAUCUGGAUGAUGAGAUUAUACAAAUUAAUCAAGAAUGUAAAUUUAUUAUUGAGAGAAACGGACAUAUACUAAUCAAUACAUUAACAGUUGGAUUGUAUUCAUUAAAAUCUCUUGAAAAAAUAUUUAAUAGUUACCCAGAACAAAGUCUAAAUAAAACCACAAAAGUUACACAUGAUAACGGAUUAUUGAAAAUAUCAUUUCCAUUUAAUAUUGGGUUUGAUUCAUAUUUAUUUGAUUGUCUAGGUUUUGAAUAUAAAGUAAAUGAUAACGAUGUUACAAAACCUAAUGGAGAAAAAUAUUCAAAAUUAUUAGGCUAUAGAUGGCCUUCUCAAGAAGAUAUUGAGACAGGAAAAACAUUUUUUACUGCAACUGCUGAAAAAAAAAACAAAUUUAAAUAA